AUGUGGGUAUACUUCAUCGGGACGUCAACCAGCGACACCAUAUUAUUUCUGGUUUUUCCCAUCAUAUUCCACACGAUCACCUUCUGGAUAAUGGGUCUGGCUGCAACAGCAACGAAGUUCUUCGCUUCUUUAGGCGUACUGCUACUUUCGGUUUUAUCUCUCCAGUCAUACGGCUACUUCAUAUCGGCAAUAGUGACCGAUGAGGUCGUCGCACUUGCCGUGACGCAAGUAGCCCAAGUUGUCCUAGCCCUGUUUUCUGGAUUCAUGACGCAGAUCGACCAGCUGAACCCAUUCUUACAGGUUGUUGCGGCAUUAUCUCCAUUUAAGUAUGCCCUCUCGGCAUUUUGCUUGGUAAUUUUUGAGAACGAGUUCUUCACUGGUGAAGGUGGAGAGCGAGUUUCUGGAGACGACUUCCUCAAGGGGACGUUCGGAAUUAGAAGAGAAACAUGCGCUUCAGAUUUAGGGGCGCUUGCUGCACUUAUCGUUGUGGUUGCUUAUUUUAUGCACCCUCGAAAGGAAGUGCUAGAGGUGCUUGGCGACACAAAGUGGGAUGGGCAACAGCUCACUCCAUCAGAGACAGCAGCGUAUUCUGGCUAA